AUGUUUCGGGUUUAUAAGUGCUUUCUCCCUGAGGUAGCAGUGGGAUAUGAGGAUCCCAGAGUGCAAGUACACAUAUCAAAUGGAGUUGAGUUCAUGGAGACUGUUCCUCAAGGCACAUAUGAUACCAUCAUGCUUGAUGCUUUCCAAAACAUGGGUCCUACAUCAAAAAAACUUUCUGACAUCUUCUUGGAAUCGGUUGCAAGGGCUCUUCGCCCCGGCGAUGUUAUGUCUACCCCGGCAGACAGCUUCUGGGAUAAAGACUUUGUUCACUGUGCAGAUACCAUAGCAAACUGCCGCAAAAUAUUUAAGGGCUCUGUCAACUAUGCCUGGACAACAAUUCAUGCAUAUGAAAGGCAAGAGUGGGAUAAUGGGGUUCAUGCUGUGCGCCACCGGUCGACUUUAAAGAUCCCAUCAAUCAGUUAA